AUGGAUCCAGACGCAUUGGCAAAGGCAUUCGUGGAGCACUACUACUCCACCUUCGAUUCCAACCGCAACAAUCUGGCCAAUCUCUACCAGGAGGGUUCCAUGCUCUCCUUCGAGGGCCAGAAGAUCCAGGGCGCCCACAACAUUGUCGCCAAGCUCACUUCCCUUCCCUUCAACCAGUGCCAGCAUUCCAUCACCACCGUCGAUUGCCAGCCCUCCGGCGUCAACGCCGGCAUGCUCGUCUUCGUCAGCGGCAACCUCCAGCUCGCCGGCGAACAGCACGCCCUCAAGUUCAGCCAGAUGUUCCAUUUGAUACCAACACCACAGGGAAGCUAUUAUGUGUUGAAUGACAUAUUCCGGUUGAACUAUGCAUGA